AUGCAUCAGCUGCGUGCCCAGCCUGUGAAGGCCCCGGAGCCAGCCGAGGAUGAGAACAAGCCAGAGCUCCUGGCCCACGAGCUGCUGGGAGGCCUCGCCCAGGCCCAGCCAUACGGUCUGGGGCAGUUUGUGGUCGGAGAGUCUGGAAACAAGGUGGGUCCCCAGCAGCUCUCCUGGAGCUCCCUGAGAAAAUUCGGCCCGGGUUCUCAUUCUUGCCACGUGUGCUCAAACCGGCACGGUCUGAUCCGGAAAUACAGCCUCACUAUGUGCCGUCAGUGUUUCCGUCAGUACGCCAAGGAUACCGGCUUCAUCCAGCUGGACUAA